CAAGACUACACCCAAGUCCUUGUCUAGCCGCUGUGGCUUUUCUUGGGUGCCGAGAGUAGAAGAAAGCUGGGGGCCUGGAACUGACAUCUACAGCGGUAGUCUCUCUUCCUUUGUCGGUGGAGACGCGGUGGUAAAACUUUCUAGACCCAGGUUCCUUUUAUAUUAGACCUAUCGUCAGAAACCAUGUCCGCCUGGCAAGGCUACGUGGACACUUUGAUGGCUAGUGGCAUUUGCAAGGACGCGGCCGUUGUUGGGUUCUGUGACAACAAAUACGUCUGGGCGGCACAUCCCGGCGGCGAGUUUGCCAAGAUCACGCCUGCCGAAAUUGAUAUAUUGGCAUCGUCAAAGGAUCGUGUAACAUUCUUCACCGCUGGCCUGACCCUGGGAAAUGAAAAAUGCUCUGUACUCAGAGACCGCUUUAAUGUAGACAAUGAAUGGUCAGUGGACAUCCGGACAAAAUGUGCAGGUGGAGGGCCCACGUACAACGUUGCUGUGAGCAGAGCUUCCACUGUAAUGAUUGUGGUCAAGGGCAAUGAAGGUAUCUACGGAGGGCAGCUCAACCCAUUGGCAUACGAUAUGGCCCAGCACCUGAGGAAGGCUGGCUACUGAAGCAUCCUGUGCCAGGCCACCCAACCCACCAGCUACCUGUCAACCUACCACCCUGUUGCAUUUCACACUUCCUGUCCUCGUUGCUCCUUACUUUUCUUCUGACCCCUUCCCCUCCCCCCAACAGAGUCUCAGCCCUUGUAGUUAAUCCAUAGCCAAGAUGACAAAUCUCGUCACUUGACAAAAGACCAGCAGAAUGAAAGCCAAACACCUCAUGUUUCUUUGGUGCCCAUUGAUACAAGUCCCGUAUGCGCUCUCUUAGUGGCCACUGCCUAUUUUUUUUUAAAUAUAAAUGGGAGCGCUGAAGCAGUCGCUCAUCACUUCCUCCUCUCCCACCAACGACUACAUUGGACAGGGUCAUGUUCACCCCCCCCAAUAAUGAAACACUUCAGACACGCACAUCCUUGUCAAGGUGUAGUUUUGUUUCACUUAACCAUCAUCCAGCAGAGUUUUACUGUACCUGUACAUGACGGCAAAAAUCAAUGGACAUUCCAGUUACCUACUCAGGCACUUGAUUCAUUUUUUUUUUUUUUGCCAGUUCCUGUAAUUUGUUUUAUGAAAGGCUACCUACCAUUUUGUGGGACAGGUCUCUCUCGCUUUCUAACCACCUGAAGCAUGUGGUCUCCCCCCCACCCCCCUCCAGAUAGGACCAAGUGUAGUAAAAGCUCGGAAGUUGAAACAAAACACCAAACGGGUUAAGUGGCAGGGAAGGUGAGCGCGGAGCUAGUUUUUUUUUUUUUGUGGGGGGGGGGCGUCCAUUGUCCUUGCCCCUUUUCCGAAGCUGCACUGUAUUUGGAAGAAAUCCUCAUUACGCUAUGUUGACAACUGAAACUGUGGAAUUAAUUGCCUUUCUUUCAUCGUCCACUGAGCGCAGAACCUACAAUUGUAAUGUCUUUGGGCGGUGGGUUGGAUGGAACCAACAUGUGCUUGAUCCGAACCUGUGUAUGCUGUGCCAUAAUGUAGAGAGGUCUGUUGCUCUUCUCAGAUUAAUUUUCCCUCCCAUAACUUGUCCCCCCACCCCCCUCCCCGCAGCUUCAGCUCCACUGUUAAAGCCUCUUGUUAGCAUCAGAUCUCUGUUUCAAAGUCCCCGUUGCUGAUUUCUGUUCUCACUUUAGUUUUCUUACGUCUGGGAUAGUCUGUCAAUGCAUUGAAUUUCACAUGCAUACAACCAAGAAUGCCAUAUUGAUUUAUCUUGUUCAGACAGAUCAAAAAUAAAUUUGCUCCAACCA